CCUAUUCACAGGAAACCCUCCAUCGUGUACAACCCCUACGGAAUCAACAACACCGUCAUUCCGCCAGCCAUCUUCGAUUCCCCAAAGGUAAUUCUUGACGAGAAGGAGGACUUGGUUGCGCUUCCUGUUAGGUCUCCAAACGAGUUCUUACCCCUUGACGAGCAAGAAGACAAUGUGGAAUUGCUCGACCAAUUCAAGAUCCCGGGCAAGGGCUCCCAUCGUGACGGGAAGCUUGGCCUGGGGGGUUCGUCUGAGGUUCGGCCUGUUAUUGGACUUAAGAACAACAUCACUUAUGCUUUGAAGAGGUUCAGUAAGUUCCCGAAAGAGGAGGACGAUGCGUUUUUCCUAAGAACGAUCGAGGAGUAUCGCAUCACCAAGAAGUUGUCCAAGUCUCGCCAUCUGGUACACAUUGAAGGGAUCUACAGGUUUCAAUCCUUGCCUGACUUGCAUAGAUCUUGGGGUCUCGUUAUGGAAUAUUGUCCGGGUGGUGAUUUGUUUACAAUGAUCGCAAAACCUGAAUGGAUGGGUGCUCCCCUUGACGAAAAGUACUGCAUUUUCAAGCAGCUCUGCUACGGGUUGAAGUUUAUGCACGAUGCGGGAAUCGUCCACCGAGACUUGAAACCGGAGAAUAUCUUGAUUGAUCUCAACGGGUUUGUAAAGUUGACUGAUUUCGGGAUUAGUUGUUACGGGAACGAAGCUCACGGUGAUACAACCUCCCCGGUGAAGAAAUGCUAUCUGCACGUUGGUACAGAGCCUUACUGUCCGCCUGAGGUUUUUGCUUUGAAGGACAAACCUGAACUGGAAAGAAUGAAACAUUCAUAUAAUCCGUAUGGCAUGGACUAUUGGGCUUUGGGAAUGACCUUAUUUUGCUUGGUAAACCAGGGAACCCCCUUUAACGUUGCAGAUCAAAAGAAUAAACUUUACCGGGAGUACGUGACUUCCUACGCCAUUCAUAAGCAUGCGUUUCCUCUGUUUUUGGAGCAUAACAAUGCCUCCCAAGCACCCGGGAUGGAGUAUCGAUUUGCGCGGAAUUUCCACUCUAAAAACGCCACGACUAUUGCCUGGCGAUUAUGCGAUCCCGACCCAAAAACUCGUAUG